CACUCUGGUUUACCUGUCUGUUGUUACCAUGACUGAACAGAAGGACGGUGAUGAGGUGAAGUUUACCUGCUCUGUAUCAGCUGCUCCAGGUCUCACACACACAGUGAAGUGGCUGCAUGAGCGUCAGAAUGUGGAUGAAGGCAACACAGACAUAAAGACAUCACAGUCUAAGAGCUCAGCUACUGUCACGUUUCCUUCCUCUCUUCUCAAGAAGCCAAAGUAUCAUGAGUUGUUUCAGUGUGAAGUGACUGAUGGUCUCAGAGGAAAAGUGCAGCUGUUUACCUUCAGUGCUCCGUCCUCAGGUGAGAAACCAGGUGAGGACAGGACAACAACUGUCCAAACAACAACUGAAAACAGGAAGAAUUCCUGGAUGGACCCAGCAGCACCUGACCACAGUGACACGUCACCUACACAACCAGACUGGCGGUUAUACGCUGCUGUGGCCGGGGCUUCGGCAGCACUCUUGGUAAUCAUCGUGGCGCUGAUCAUAUGGAAGAGAGCGAAAGGGAGGAAACCACAGAAGGACGAACAUGCGGAAAAUGCAGAGCAGGGACAGGGAUUAAACCCUACAGAGACCCAGUCGGCUCCAGGAACCAGCCAGGACACGGCUGAUCCUGACGACGGGGUUUCCUACGCCUCCAUCAGCUACACCAAGACCAACGGUAGAGCCCAGGUACGAGUCAGAGACGACGACGAUGAUGAUGAAGGCGAUGCCGUGACCUACAGCACCGUGAAGGUUUCUUCCUCCUCUGCUGGAGCCUCCACUGAUCCCAGCGACGUCUACGCCAACGUCAACAAGACAGACAGAUAAGACGCCGCGGCAGCUGAGAACCGUUUCACCAGCUUUGGAUGUUUGUUGUUGUUUCAGAAUGAACGAGUCUUCACCACCUUCACCUGUCAGAUAGAUCCAGAGAGGACAGAUCCGUCAGAUAGAUCCAGAGGGGACAGAUCCGUCAGUUAGAUCCAGAGAGGACAGAUCCGUCAGAUAGAUCCAGAGGGGACAGAUCUGUCAGUUAGACCCAGAGAGGACAGAUCCAUCAGAUAGAUCCAGAGAGGACAGAUCUAUCAGAUAGAUCCAGAGGGGACAGAUCCGUCAGAUAGAUCCAGAGAGGACAGAUCUGUCAGAUAGAUCCAGAGAGGACAGAUCCAUCAGAUAGAUCCAGAGAGGACAG